UUAAGUACCUACCUACUUCCUUGGGAGGAAGCCAACAACAACGGCAAAGGCGCAGUAAAUGCCGUCUGUCUUUCUUUUCCUUAUCUCCCAGAGCAAGCAAGUCGCCUGGGCUCUCGAGCACCCUGAACCUGAGAAAGUAGGCACUCCCUCCCUCCCAUGACGUCGUCCCAAGGGCUUCUACCUAGACAUCCACCCUCAUGUCGACAAAGUAUCUGCCUGCCCGCCUUGUUCUCAAGCAAGGCUCCUAUUGCAAACAAGUCUCAACAGCAGACUCGCAUUUGGGCCUUGAGUCCAUGUCUAGUCUCUAACAUCCUUCACCCCUUUGUCAUUCACUUGCCCACUCAGCAAACCAUUACGGGCCUCUCCAGGGCAAACGGAGCAGCUGGGCAAGUGUUCUCACCUACCACAGGUUAUCGUUUCUCCAUCAACAUCAACCUCUUCCGUAACCUCUCCACCCUCACAAGCAGAUCACCUGCCAUCCUUCAACAACACAUCGCCCAGAGCAACUCUCUCUAGAAUCAGUCGUCUGCCUAUGAAUAAGAAGGUCCUUUUAGAACGAGGCUAUCACGGGCUAAGAGGUGGUCUAGAGACAGUCACGCCAGACCCCAACAUUUACGCUGCCAUCAUGUCUCUGAAGUACUUCAACGCAGAUGUGCGGUCCGCCCGCUCUCGGAUCGAUGAUGGAGAGAUCCCAGGAGUCUUUGCUAUCGAACGUGGAGGCUCUGACGGGGAAGUCGUCGUCACGGUCGCUCACGAGAAGAUACCCAGUCUCCUCCCCAUCCGGAUACUUGUCCAGGGCCUCGACCGCUACCCCAGUGACCACAACUUCUCAGUCUCCACCUCCGUCGAAGACGCUCCCAACGUCCUUGUUUCGGCUCUCGAGGACCUACGGGACUGCACUUACAGCAUGAAGCUUGUCGAGGUCAUCACGACAGUGUCAACAUGCGUAGACCACAGCCUCCGCUCUACUGACGCUAACCGGGACAUGGCUGUGGAGGAACAGCCAGGUGAGUACAUCUCUGAUAACUUGAUGGAGGAGUACCUCUCCGAUGAGCUCAGCGAUCAUGAAUUUGGUCUCACAUCCAUGCACACCAACAUGCUAAACCGACCACACCCACGCCUGGACUCCAGCAGCCUGUCAAGGAUCAAGCUUGAUCUACGCAGCGCACGAGAAGCAGGCUGUAGAAUCGGGGUAUUGGACGGGCUGCAGCCAUCUUCAAGCUGCCACAUAUUCUCCCUGUCGAUACGAGCCAGCGAGCUGGGCCUAUCGGAAGAGGCCCUCGAGGCCUGGCAUGUCAACAUCACUGAUUAUGUCAUACUUCUGGUCCGGAUUGAGGGAGCAUACCCCUACGCUGAACAAUUACUCGAGCAGCCUUGUGUCAACUUCAACGUCGAGUUCCGCUUCGGGAAAGGCAUCAAAUACAAGCCAUCUGCCGCCCAGGCCCGUGCAGCGUUCCUGACCGACGCCUCUCGCAGACAUGAUGCAUCUGAACACAAGGCACAACCCCUUGAGGAUGAUCGAGGACGGACGUUUGAAAAGACUUUUAUUUCGAGUUCUCUCGAGCAGUUCAUGAACGAGCAAUGCCUUGCCAUGAUCAAGCAUCGUCUUCAGGAUUCGACCUCUUCCUGGGACGAUGCCAACGAGCAGUUCCGGAAUAUAUCCACAGGAUUCGCCUUGGCUGAUGAUCUCAUCGCUAAGGCUCAUAUCAACGAGAAGGGGUCGCGUUUCGAACCAAAGACAACAGAGAAGCCAAGGUCGACGAGACAGGCAAAGGGAAAACAGAGAGAAAUGGCGACAAAUUCCGCGCAGGAAACUGAUGAAGAAAUGCCAUCGCCCAGGCGAAUCCCGAAUUUCCUCAUGCGGGAUUCUACCGCUACACGUCCCCUCGGACAAUGCAGUAUCCCUCUGAUUUUCAUGCAGUUCGCGGUUCACUACUUCUCCCGGUGUACAGAGUACUGCUUGCGCUGUCACCAACAUGUGGGGACGGAAUUCGAGGCUUUGAAGCCUUUCGUCUGUUCAAAUCCCUUAUGCUUAUUUCAAUACCUCGCGAUGGGGUUUGGGCCUUCCAUCGAGCACGAGAUUUUGACACAGCCGUACGUCGUUGACCUUCUGGUCAGCCUGUGCUACAGCAGCAUUCAACUCCCCAGAUUCUCGAGACCUGUCAAACCGGCACAGUCAAGCUAUAGGAUCCGCGAAUUUCCCUGCGGACUGCACCUGAAGGUCCCGGCUCCUAGGUCUGCCGACUCAGCCACGGUAUCAAUCGGCAAUGCGGUCUUAGCAUGGGGCACGGGUACGGCGGCGGCGGCGGCGGCGGCAGCGGCGGUGGCGAACGAGGUCACCAAUGCACCCACCACUAUCAAGGUCAUGGCCGACCUGCAAAACAGCGUGGUAAUAGUCAUGUCGAGUGGAGACCUGGACUCGAUUGCCUCGGACACAUGGGUCAUACUCCGAGAGGGUGCACGCCCUCCUCAUACCGAGCCGGCUUACCACCAUGGACGUAUUACACACGUCGACCACCAGACUAGGACACUGAAGGUCGUUUUCAACACACUUGACUCCAGGACCUCUGGAGUUAUCGAGAUGGACUUGUUAUUAUACGAUACCGAGUUCGACGACCUCGAUGACCACGGCAAAGCGAACUCGAUGACCACAGUUUUAAACACCCUCCCUCCAAUCCUCUCACUGCGAGAGUAUCUAGUUAGGAAUCCACAAAGCAGAUUGAGAUCCUACGCUGGCAUAUCACCUGCAGCUGUAACGCUUUUGGAGUGGAUCGUGGCGUCGAAUCGUUCGUGUAUCCUGCAGGUGACCCCCGUGGACUCCGACCCAACCUUACUUGAUCAGAUCAAGACACGAGAACAAGAGGCCAUCCCUUCCUUGAAGAACUUGGUCCAGUUUCGAUUUGCUCAAGGCGCACCAGACAAGGAAUCACGAUUUCAUCGAGCUUUGAAAGAGUUCAAAUUGGACAAAUCCGACUACCCGACCCUAUUUGCCUGGCACGGAAGCGCCUUAUCCAACUGGCACAGCAUCCUUCGUUACGGCCUAGACUUCACAGAUAUCGUGAACGGCAGGGCUUUCGGAAACGGUGUUUAUUUUUCACAAGACUACCGAACUAGCCAAGGCUAUGCCGCCUCCGACGCUACAAGUCGGUGGCCACACUCGGCCCUGCACAUUUCCAGUGUGAUAUCUCUGUGCGAGAUCGUGAAUGCGCCCGACCGUUUCGUCUCCACUAAUCCGCAUCUGGUGGUAGGACAGGUUGACUGGAUCCAGUGCCGCUAUCUUUUCGCCCAGCGCUCAACCGCCCAUGAUGUCACGACCGGCCUACCACUUGUUCAAGGGGGCCCAGCUGUUGUCGUGAGUGAUUCUGGAAAUGACAUUCCGAAAGAACUGGCAGUCGCCCAAGAUCCCGCACGCACCGUUCUAGGACCGGGCUCUAAGCCUCUCAGCAUCCCCUUGAAAGCAGUCCCGACGAGAAAGCAGCAGACGCCCAGAGCUCCGCCUUCGUCGAAGCGUGGGCAUGAGUUGACUUCUUUCUCUGAAGAAACAGACGAAGAGGGAGCCUCGGAUAUUGAAUUCCUUUUUGACGAGGGCGUGUCAUCGCUGCACCCGGCCAAGCGACCUAACUCUGCCCGGGAGUCUAGCGUUGAUACUGUAACGGCCCGUCAAGUCACAACACAGCGGCCACUGACACCACCGCAGACCGACUUCAGGGCGGGGACUUUGGACCUCGGUAGCCUGCCACGUCUUCCACUGCCUGGCUGGGCUGCUGGUCCUUCGACGAAGAGGCUUAGUGAGCAAAUAUUACACAUGCAGAAGCUUCAGGCCCGCACUCCGCCGCACGAGCUCGGGUGGUAUAUCGACUUCGAUAACAUGGAGAACAUGUUUCAGUGGAUCGUCGAAUUCCACAGCUUUGAUCCCGAGCUUCAAUUGGCGAAGGACAUGAAGAAGUCUGCCAUCACUUCGAUCGUGCUGGAGGUGCGCUUCGGGCGCGACUACCCAUUCUCACCGCCCUUUGUGCGCGUGAUCCGGCCCCGAUUCUUGCCCUUUGCUGUGGGAGGCGGCGGUCACAUCACAAUCGGAGGAGCCAUCUGCAUGGAACUUCUUACUUCAUCUGGAUGGCUCCCAACCUUAAGUAUGGACAUCGUUUUCGUCUCGAUCAGGACGGCCAUGAGUGAGACAGAGCGUCCCGCACGUCUACAGACUACACAAACAUCGGCCAAGUUGUUCGACUAUGGUCCCAGCGAGGCACUUGAUGCGUACAUCCGGUUCGCAGGGGUUCAUGGGUGGGCGGUACCCAAAGAUCUGCAGGAGACCGCUACGCAGUAGGAACAACAGGACAUUACUUACCUAGGUACCUACCCAGGAUGUGGCCAAGCUGCGAUAUGAGUGCCAGUGCCUGCUAGCGCAGCUAGAAAUCACAAGAGAUAGAUUGCAGCAGCGAGAACAAG